CCGCGGGCCCCACGACAGUCGUCGCGGCGCUGGACGGCCGCGCCGCCGCCGCCACCAUCGUGCGCCGCCCCGCGCACUGAUCUUUCAAGAACUCGCUGGCUGUUCACAACGCUGCCUCUCGCACCACGGACUUCUUAGGGCGAAUAUCAGUGUGUUCUUACUGUUUUCAAAAUAAGUGCGCUUUCUACAAUGCCGCAUGUGAGUAGCGGCGGCGGUGGUGACGACCUGGGGAGUACAGACGAAGUUAAAGUUUUCAAAGAUGAGGGGGAGGACGAGAAGCGGUCGUCGGAGAACCUGACAGAGGAAAAGAGUAGCUUGAUAGACCUUACCGAGUCAGAGGAGAAGAGCGGUUCCCUGCCCGGGCAGAGCUACUCUUCCAGCAAGAAUGCGUCGCGGUCAGACCACAGUCCUGUCUUC